AUGCGUGCCUGGUCGUCCUUGCUCGUGGCCGCCGCCUCUGUGUCCGGGGCGACUGCCGACGUGGCUCUCGACAAUAAGAUCGCGCUGGUCAACCGCGAGGCUCUGCUUCGGCCCGGUGUGCUGGAGUACGACAACCGCGACAAACACUAUGUGGUCCUGCCCGUAGUUGGUGGCAAAUUCCAGGCCAAGACCGGCACCAACUCGUCCGACGGCGUCGUCACCUCGCGCUCCGUCAUUGACAUCCUGCUGAACAAGCGGCAGUACUGUUCCGCAGGCUACGGCUACUGCUCCAACUUUGGCCGCUGCUGCCCGACCUACGACGACUGCUGCGCCUACGGCUACUGCAUUGAUCCGGCGGAUACCUGCUGCCCCAACGCGCCGUGCCAAGACGGACACGGCUGCUGCGGCCAGAACCACUGCUACCCUCCCGGCGCCGUCUGCUGCGGCGACGAGUCGUACUGCGACGCCGGCAACCACUGCUACAAAUACGCCGAUCUCUCAUACGAUGUCUGCUGCACCGACUCGUCGUGUACUGCCUAUGUGACUGGCGGCGUCACCGUCACGCGCUCGCAAACCACCACGCGCACCUACACAACGCCGCCGCCCAGCACGGCCACUGACUACAACUACGAGGCCUACUACUUCACCAUCACCUACUACUACUAUUACUACUACUGGUACGAGAUCGACGUGACGCGCUCCGUCGUCACCUCCACCCGCACCACCACCCGCACCAUCCUGAGCGUGUCGGCCACGGACUCGGCUGAAGCCAGAUCGUCCUUUUCCGAAAUCUCGUCCACCUUCACGCCCUACACGCCCGCCGCCGCCACCUCGCUUGAGUCCCUGGCCGGCUCGACCACCACCGACGAGCCCGCCUCGUUUGGCGGCGGUAGCCCCGGCGGGGACUCGUCCUCCUCGCCGGCGCCGACCUCCUCUGCCGAACAGACAACCACCCGCCACAGAGCCACCACGACCACGACCACACCCACGCUGCCGAACGGGGCCGGUUCCGUGAACUCGGCAGUCUCCCUUACCCAUGCUGGCGACGGCCUCCUUGGUCUGUGGCUGACGGUCGGUGCGGCCGCGGGCAUCCUGAUGAUUGUCCUGUAA